AUGCGCUGCAGGCCACUAUCAUUAUACUCGUCGCCGCUAUACCGCUCGCAAUCCGCUCCAUUCGUCACCCGCUCCUUCACCACCAGCCGCCUGCUGCGUCAAGAUCAGCCCGAGGCCUUCAUACGCCAGCUCAGACAGGAAGAGAAAGAGACACGGUCCCACGACACUUCUGCUGCCGCUGGAGAAGACGCUGCCGCAUCAGACGCCCCUGCUCCGGCUCCCGCACCUGCUCAACAACGCAAUGAGACACCGUCCAUGAUCGAUCUGAUGGACAGUGUGCUCGAUGGCUCAAAAGGCGUCCCCAAUGUCGCUGAACAACGUACCUCCCGCUUCGCCACGCCCUCUGCUCAGGACAAAAAUCGCGUCUCCCCUGCCAGAGAAAACAAGACCUCUAUGGAUGACUUUAUCCUUGGUUUGAAAAACAGACCAAACGUAAACGACAUGCUUUACAGACCCGAGAUCAAGCCUGUCAGAGACCUUGACUUCACCCCUAGUCCUACUCUCGGCAAGACCGUCCUGGUCAAGAACGGCGGUGACGUUGGCCGCGCUUUCCGUCAGGUCGAAGCUUUGUGCGGCAGAAACAAGGUCCGCUCCGACUUCAACAAGCAACGUUUCCACGAGCGUCCGGGUCUCAAGAGGAAGCGUCUGCACUCUGAGCGCUGGCGUAGACGCUUCAAGGAGUCCUUCCGUGGCACUGUCAAGAUGGUCAACAAGAUGAGGAAGCAGGGCUGGUAA